AUGACAUGUACAACACGUGUCUUAUAUUUGGUGGUGUUGAUUACGUCACAAGUUCCCAGUCUAGACUCAAGUGAGGCCAAUAGCUACAAAAAUAACUUUAGCGACUGGAGAGCCGACGAUGAAUUACAGACAGACACUUCUGUUACUUCACAAAUUUCUCACACCGUUUCCGAUGUCCGAAUUGAGAAUCGAACGGAGAUUGUUCCGGGUUUUGGAUACAUAGACAGAUUACACCAGACAACAGAGAAACGGUUAGACAGACAUUUGGAAAAAGAAACGGAACAAGCAACAGAGACCAUUAUCAAAGAGCUCGAUUUUCUCGGCCAGGAUGACGUCAUUGCUCAACCCAGAAAUCUCUCGCGGUCUUCACAUGGUAUCAACAACACGGGACUGAUACCGGAAGUGGAGACCAACUCCAUCGACAACACCUCCCAACUCCACCCAACAUCCACCACAGCUCCACCACCCUACAGAAAUAUUCGAAUCAUCUUAAAAUGGUACACGGCCGUUGUCGUAAAUCCUGUAAUCGCCCUGUUCGGCAUUGUGGGCAAUUUACUCAACUGCGCCGUUCUGAAACGGAGCGGAUUCCAGAAACCUUCCAACAUCUUUCUCUUUAGUCUGGCUAUCGCUGAUAUUUGCGCUUUGCUGGGCGCCAUGGACGUUUUCAAGUUCCUUGUCCAGUUUCCUAAACACCUACCAUUGGGGAACAAUUUUUUGGAAUACGCAUGCGCGGAGCAAUGGCAGGUAGAGGUCCUACUGCGCAUGUCUUCACUUAAUGUCGUCAUCAGCAACAUAGGUUUGAGUACAAGCACUUGCUUAUGUGUGGUCAUAACCCUCGAACGCCUGCUCGCUGUGUUCUUCCCACUAAAAUUCGCCAUCAUCCUUACACCCAAAAGAGCGUGGAUAAUAUCCAUAUGUGUAUCCAUUUUCUGGAUAGGCUACACGUCCAUGCUUUUUAAAAUAUUCGUCUUUUCUUACCUGCAACUCUCUGACGUCACAUCCUGUGCUGCCACCUACUACAUACAUCUAAACACGGACGAAACGGCCCUAGAUACCGUAAUGGGCUGGUUCUCUAGUUAUCUGUCGCUGCUUAUAAUCGUGACUGGUUCGGCUGCCAUUUUCUUCAAGAUCGCUUCAAUACAAAGAAAACGGUUAAAAAUGACGUCAUCGGUUUCUGCGUCCUCCUUACGCACCACGCAAACUUUACUGACCGUGUGUUCCGUUUUCGGGUUUACCCAAUUGAUACGUUUCCGGUACGUCAUGUUUGAGACGGUGUUUGAUGACGUAGAUGUUGAGAUGAUGUACAGUAUGGUUGUCGUGACGACAUCCUACGCCAAUAGCGCCGUAAACUUCGUCAUCUACGUCACGCUGAACAGGAAGUUCAGGACUAUUUUACUGCGCAUGUCGGGGUGUAAGACGACCGGAAAUUCGUCGUCCCUCGUCAGUUUGACAAAAGCUAAUUAA